UAUCUGAAUAUAAACAACUUGGAUUAUUUGGGUGUGCACAAAUAAUUUAAUCACAAAUUUGUUUAUUAUUUGUCACUGUAACGCCUCUGGUCAUAACAAUUGAUAUUGAGUAUAUAAAGCAGUAAUUUAUUUUGAAUGUAAACAAUACGAACACCACCUUAUAAUGGAAUUGAAAAAUAAAGUACAAAUAUUAGAUUCGGAUUCAAAUGUUUACUCGAUUAUUGAAAAAAUUACACAGUGCCGUAAUCAAGAAGAUCCUUUCUAUAUUUGUGACCUAAGUAGAAUUAUAUGGUUAUAUAAAAAUUGGAAGAAAUUUAUGCCUCGUGUUAAAAUUUUCUAUGCUAUUAAAUGUAAUGAUUACAAGGCUGUAUUGGAAACUUUGGCUGCGAUUGGAGUUGGAUUUGAUUGCGCUUCUAAAGAAGAAAUACGGAAAAUAAUUUCCUUGGGAGUACCACCAGAACGAAUCAUAUUUGCUAAUCCAGCAAAGAUCAAUAGUCAUAUCCAAUAUGCAGCUAAGACUGGUGUGAAGGUUAUGACAUUUGACAAUGAAUCGGAGUUGUACAAAGUGAAAAAAUUUCAUCCUGCAGCUGAAUUGUUGCUAAGAAUAAGAUAUGACGAUAUUGGCGCGACAUUCAUUUUGGGUAAGAAAUUCGGCGCUAAUCCAGAUAUAGAAUCGUGGAACUUACUUAAAACUGCCAAAUCCCUCGAUAUCAAUGUCAGAGGUGUGGCUUUCCAUGUCGGAUCAAAUUGUAAAAAUCAUAUUAUAUAUCGCCAAGCCAUAGCUGCGGCGAAAAAAGUUUUUGACAUGGCAGAGAAAUUCGCCUAUAAAUUUACGAUUUUAGAUAUUGGGGGAGGAUAUCCAGGAAGUAGUUCUGAAAGUUUAGAGGAGAUUGCAAAAUACGUAAAUCAAGCGAUAGAUGAAUAUUUUCCAUACGAUACAGUCCAAAUUAUUGCAGAACCGGGAAGAUAUAUGGUCAAUACAGCUUUCAAACUAGUAACCCAAAUAAAUUCAAAAAAUAUUGUCAAUAUAGAUGAACAAAAAAUUCGUAUGUAUUAUGUCGACGUUUCUAUAUAUAAUUCAUUACUUUCGACCAUUUUCCACGACGACUAUGAUUGUAAGGCAGUGAAUAACGUUGGUAAUAAGGUCUAUCCAAGUAUAUUAUGGGGUGCGGCACAGGAUACUAACGACAGAAUAUCUCCUACCUAUUACUACCUACCAGAUUCAAAUAUAGGUGAUUGGUUGAUUUUUGAAGAAACCGGAAGUUACAGUUUAUCAAGAUGUUGUGGUUAUAAUGGUUUUCCGGUACCCAACGUCUGUGCGGUAAUUAAAAAAAACGAUUGGUCAAUGCUGAAGAAUCAGAUCACAAAUCCCUCUUCCUUGAAUAAUUUCGAAUUAUGUGAACCAAUGAGCAGCAUUCUUGAGAAAACAAUCAAAUCUUGUACUUUAACCCGGUAUUUUUAGCUCUAAAAAAAAACAAAUUAUAUUUUACUUUAGAAUUAAUUAAAUAAUUUGUGCAUCUAUGGUAUAUUAUAAGCCCAGGUGAUGAAUUUUCUCCUAUUUGAACCUUUGUAGUGAAUAUUUUAUUAGAAGCCAUUGAAUAAUUGUGUAGGGAUAGCUCACUAGAUGGAAGCAGAAGCGGCGUAAGGCGUGGGCGGUGUUGAAUGCAUAGAAAACUUAAAAUACCAAAAGGAACAAUCGUACACACUCAGUGAUUGCGAUUCCGUUUUAAACGAAAUGUUUAGUCUGGAAUUUAUCAUAUCAUUAUGACUUAUUAACACGUGUCGAUACCAUAAGCAAAUAUGGCAAUCUGUACAAGUCCAUUUAAGCAUUACUCUUGAACAUUUGAGUGCAUUUUGUGACUGGAUCAAAGAAUAUCGACAAACUGGAUUCAAAAAAAUGCCUGCCUGUUUGUUGAAAAAAGCAGAAUUGAUUUACCAAAAGAUUUUAAAAAUAAAAGAGUAGCCAAAAAGAAAAGAAUGUUUGAUUUUGUAGGCAGCGAUCAACCAAUAGAGACUGUUGAAAGCCGGUAUGAAACCAAGUUUUUUAACACUAUGAUUGAUUCUGUGAUAAGUAACUUGGAAUCGAGAUUUAUGUCUUUAAAUCAACAAUUUGAAAAUUGUAUUUUUUUUCUUAAUGAAUAAAGAACUGUUUAAUUUCAA